CCACAACGCACUGUACUCAUUCUUCAUCGACCGAAACAGAGUUGUGGAGGGUCACACCGACAGAGGCCAUGGAGAGCUCGCCGCCCACCAUCACCAUCCAGGUCAAGUUCGCCGGGCGGACCAUCCCCGUGGAGGUCCCGGCCGCCGCGACCACCGCGGAGCUGAAACGUCUCCUCCAGCCGCUCACCAACGUCCUCCCCCGCGGCCAGAGGCUUGUCUGCAAAGGUAAAGUGCUUCAGGACGCCGCGAGCCUGAGCUCGAUGCAGGUGGUAGACGGAUCCAAGGUCAUGCUCAUCGCCUCGCAGGGUCUCCAUCAGGGGGAUGGCCCCAUCACAAAGAAUAGCAGCAGUUCUGCAACAAGUGUAGCAAGGACCUUGAAUGUUAAGGAACGUCAAACACAAAAACCAGAGGCAGUUGUUGGCAAAAGCCGAGCUGAGCGAUGGAAAUUGACGGGCGUUGUUGCGCUGCAUGAUUGCGACUUGAAGGCAGUGCCGGAGGAAGUCUGGGACUGUGGCCCCUCAGUACGGAUAUUAGAUGCCAGCAACAACUGUAUCAAGGAAAUUCCGCAUAAAAUCGCUGCUCUUAAAUCUCUAAAUAAAUUGCUCCUAACUGCCAAUGAUAUAGAUGAUGGGAACAUCAGCUGGGAAGGUCUAUCAUGCCUUCAAAAAUUAUUAAACCUGUCUUUAAGCCAGAACCGACUGGUUAGCUUGCCGUCGACUUUGGGCUCACUGACUUCUCUGCGUGAACUUCGUAUUGCAAGCAACAGGCUUGAUAACUUACCUAUCGAAAUAGGAUCGCUGAAGCAUCUCCAGAUUCUGAUAGCAAAUAACAAUAGGAUAGCUACAUUGCCUUUAUCUAUAGGAGAUUGUGAAUCUCUCACUGAGGUUGACUUCUCAUCAAAUCUCUUAACUGAACUGCCAGAGGCCUUUGGGAAGCUUUAUAAUCUCAAGGUUUUGCAUCUAAGGAACAAUGGCCUUACAUCCCUGCCUUCGACGUUAUUUAAAAAGUGUAUGCAGCUUAUUACACUUGAUCUCCAUGGAACAGAAAUCACAAAUGAUAUUCUUCGGCAGGUGGAGGGGUGGGAGGAGUUCGACGAGCGUCGGCGGCAGAAACAUCAGAAGCAGCUAGACUUCCGUGUUGGCUCAUCUGGUGUGUUCGAUGAAGGCGCCGAUGAUGACAACAGGCGUAGGUAGUAAUUUAUUGCCUGUUGGGAGCAAGAUCGUCUGCUCUGUAUGAAGCUUUUGCCCCGGAUAAAACAGAGUUUUAGACCUUGACAUGAAAAACUUUGUUACUCAGUCACAGGAUAGAUGUUCUUAAGAAAUGCAUGACACUGCUGAAUA